AUGCUCGAGGUCCUGGUGCUGAAGAUUGAAGAUCCAGGUUGCUUCUGGGUAAUUAUAAAAGGAUGUAGCCAUUUUUUAGAACAAGAAGUUGACUACCAAAAACUAAACAGUGCCAUGAAUGACUUCUAUAACAGCAUGUGUCAAGACAUAGAAAUAAAACCAUUAAUGCUGGAAGAAGGGCAGGUGUGUGUGGUGUACUGUCAGGAGCUGAAGUGCUGGUGCAGGGCCGUGAUUAAGUCAAUCAUCUCUUCUGCAGACCAUUACCUGGCAGAGUGUUUCCUUGUGGAUUUUGCCAAGUACAUUCCAGUAAAAUCUAAAAACAUCCGUGUUGCAGUGGACUCUUUUAUGCAGCUUCCUUAUAGAGCAAAAAAAUUCAGACUCUACUGUACAAAACCUGUGACGUUACACAUUGACUUCUGUGAGGACAAUGCUGAAAUUGUACCUGCCACAAAAUGGGACAGUGCAGCUAUCCAGUACUUUCAGAACAUUCUAAGAGCAACUUCUCAAGUGGAAGCCAAAUUAUGCGCUGUGGAAGAAGACACUUUUGAGGUUUACCUUUAUGCAACAAUAAAGAAUGAAAAAGUUUGUGUUAAUGAUGACCUGGUUGCAAAGAACUUUGCUUAUUAUGUGUCACCCAUGGGGAGUAAAAACCUCAAUACGUUGGAGAAACCGAGGCCCGGUCUCAGUUCGGUGCCCUGCUCCAGUAAGCUCAGCCCAUCACUUACUCUGUGGCCAAUGCUUUUGCAAGGGAAAGACUUUCACCGACUGGAAAAUAAAGCUAUAAACUAUAAGGAUUCCUUGGGAAACUCGCCUAAAACCAUGUUUGAGAAGAAACAGCAGAGCCUCCCUUUAAAGCACAUGGAUGAGUGUAUUGAAUCUUCAGUGUACUGGCCAGCAAAAAGAGGCAUAACCAUAUAUGCUGAUCCAGAAAUUCCAGCAGCAAGUGGGUUUAGCCAAAAGCCAACUGAGAAGCCAGCGCGGCUGACCGAGAAGAAAGACUGCGAUGAGAAAAACGGCUGUGUAAAGUUACUACAGUUUCUAAAUCCUGAUCCUUUGAGAGCUGAUGAGAUCUCUGAUCUGCACCAGUUGCAGAAGGUGAAGCUGGGCACACUACAGCCUGGUGUGGUGCUCCGGAACAGGAUCGAGCCCUGCCUGACCAUGGACAAAGCGCCCCUGUCGGCAGACCUGAAGAAGGCUCUUCAAAGAAACAAGUUCCCUGGACCCAGCCACACUGCAUCUUACUCUUGGCCUCCUAUUGCACGAGGCUGUGAUGUGGUAGUCAUUUCUCAUUGUGGAAAUGACCCUUUGUUGUACCUGCCACCGCUGCUUACGAUUUUGCAGAUGGGGGGUUGCUACAAGUCAUUACCAAGUAGAAAUGGACCUCUUGCAGUCAUCGUGUGUCCUGGGUGGAAAAAGGCCCAGUUUAUUUUUGAGCUGUUGGGAGACUAUAGCAUGUCCUCCAGGCCUCUUCAUCCUGUCUUACUAACAAUUGGACUUCACAAAGAUGAAGCCAAAAAUAUGAAGCUUCCAAGGGGGUGUGACGUGAUUGUCACAACUCCACACAGCCUCUUGAGACUGCUCACGUACCGGAGCUUGCUGUUCCUUAGACUCUGCCACCUGGUUCUGGAUGAAGUGCAAGUGCUGUUCUUUGAAGCUAGUGAGCAGAUGCUUGCCAUAUUAGAUAACUUUAAAAAGAACGUUGAAGUGGAGGAGCGGGAGUCGGCCCCACAGCAGAUUGUGGCAGUGGGCGUUCACUGGGACAGGCACAUAGGCCACCUGGUCAGAGAGUUCAUGAAGGACCCCUGCAUCGUCAUCACCGCCCUGGAGGAGGCCGCGCUCUAUGGCAACGUCCGGCAGGUGGUGCAUCUGUGCCUCGAGUGUGAGAAAACUUCUACUCUUCUCCAGGUUCUUGACUUUGUUCCAGGUCAGGCCCAGAAGACAUUGAUCUUCACCUGCUCUGUGGCUGAGACAGAAGUUGUAUGUAAGGUAGUAGAAAGCAAUUCAAUAUUUUGCUUGAAAAUGCAUAAAGAAAUGACUUUUAACUUAAAAAGCAUCAUGGAACAAUGGAAGAAGAAGUUAAGUUCUGGCUCUCACAUUGUAUUAACCUUGACGGAUGACUGCAUCCCACUGCUGGCCAUCACUGACGCCACCUGUGUGGUCCACUUCAGCUUCCCCUCAUCGCCUAAAGUGUUCGGGGGACGCCUGCACUGCAUGUCUGAUCACUUUCAGAGCUCAACUGAACAGGGUUCUCCCGCAGAGCAGGGAGAUAAGAAAACUAAAUCUGUCUUGUUGCUGACGGAGAGAAACGCAAGCCAUGCUGUCGGUGCCCUGCGGUACUUGGAGCGAGCAGAUGCCACAAUCCCAUCAGAGCUCUAUGAGUUCACUGCGGGGGUCCUGGAAGCCAAGGAGGCCAAGAAGGCCAGAGGGCCUCUUUGCCCCUCUCUGAAGGCCUUUGGGUUUUGCAAAGACAAAAGGAUCUGUCCUGACCGGCACCACAUUAAUCCAGAAAUGGACAACCCAAGGAAAUUAUCCAACAACACUCUGCCAGUGUCUGGACACAUUAGGAUAAUCCCUUUUUACGUUUCAAAUGCAACUAAUUACUUUGGUCGUAUAAUUGAUAAACACGUGGAUCUUUAUGCAACUCUCAACGCGGAAAUGAAUGAAUAUUUUAAGGAUCCCAGUAAUAAAACAGCUGCUGAAAAGGUGGAGAAUUCGGGGUUGUAUGGAUUAGAAGAAAAAACACUUUUCCAGAGGGUACAGGUGUUGGAGGUGAGCCAGAAGGAGGACGCCUGGGGCUUGGGGAGCGUCCUGGUGAAGUUCAUAGAUGAAGGCAGGACCAAGCUCAUCCCAAGAGACCAGCUGCUGCUGCUCCCAGAGAAGUUCCACGCUCUGCCCCCUCAGGCCGUGGAGUUCAUUGUUUGUCGAGUUAAACCAGCCGACAGUGAAAUUGAAUGGAACCCGAAGGUUACUAGAUACAUUCAUCAUAAAAUUGUUGGGAAAAUGCACGAUGCCAAAGUGGUACUGGCUUUGGGAAAUACCCUUUGGGUUGAUCCAAUGGUGCAUGUUACGAAACUUUCAAAUCUAAAGACUUCUAUCAUUGAUUAUAAUGUUCGAGCUGAAAUUUUGUCCAUGGGAAUGGGUAUUGAUAAUUCAGAACAUGUAGAACAACUGAAAAAACUCUACAAAGAAGCCAAACUGCCAGCUUUCGAGGACCUUCCAGGACAGACCUCGAUACCUAGCACAGUGGAAGAUGCCAUGUGUUUGCAGGGCACUCACCAAGGACACGGAGGUACAGAAGGUGGAGCCGGUUUCCAGGUGGACUCAGACAACCAAAAGCCUGAAGUUUUAUCUGAAGACACUGGCAGUGAGUCCAUUAGCAGAACUACACAGUCACAUGUGAAAAGCUUUCACCCACAAGUAAAGUGGUUCCAAAGAGAUGAUGUGGUCAUCUUAAAGAUAAAGAUCAGGAAUGUCAAAGAUUAUAAGUGUAAAUUCUUUACAGAUAGAGUCAUUUUCAGUGCCUGGGUAGGAGACAAGUUUUACUUGGCUGAUCUGGAACUGCAAGGUGACAUAAGGAAAGAUGACUGCAAGUGCAUAAUCAAAGAUGACGAGCCUCUCAUCACACUUGCCAAAGAGAAAAAGGCACGCUGGUGCGGCCUCCUCAAGCAGAGGAAUCCUAACGUGGUUUUUGACUUUGAGCACUGGGAGGAAUGUGAAGAGGACAGCCCCUUCUCCAAGGUUGUCAGUUCUAAAAACCGGCCCUGCGAAGUGGCAGUGCUGGCCGAGAGCAGCGGCACCUCCUCAGACUCCCCGGAUGGCAGCGAGAGUGAAUGA